GCCUUCAUCAUCAUAAAUCAAAGUGGCCUGGGCCAUUCCACAUAGGAGCCAAGCAAAUAGAAAUCAUAUAACUUUAAGUAAGGCUGAAAAUCGGAGCACUUCUAAAAUAAAAAAAAUAAAAAAUAAAAAAAUUAUUUUUUUUUCGAAAAAACAAUUACGAGAAAUUCGGCAAAUUACUAAAGAGGGAGAACUAGAAAAAGGCAACAAAUAGGCUAUAGAAAAAGAGAACGGUAUAGACCAAAGCGUGCACCAAGCUAGGGUAGAGUUCAUCUGCACCGUCGGUGCCAGUACUUUGGCGGAAGGGGAGCAAAGAAGGAGCAAGUGAAAACCUCUUGGAAGCGCGAAGUCUAUCUGUAGCUGGUCUGGUAACUAUAGUAUCCUGUAGACAUAACCAUACAGAGUAGAUUACGAAGAAAAAAAGAGUCUGGUGUAUCCCCUGCAAAGUAACUCUAGGGCGUAUAGAAGAGAAAAGGAGCGGGGAAGCGAAGCAACGGGAAGAAAAAAUAUACCCUAUAUAGCUACUCUAUAUAAACCGCUUGCGAGAUAUAGCGGGAGUGAAAAUCAUGAGUUUUAACUGCACAUCUUCGGACGAGGAAGAUAUGAUGCUAGACAUUGAACUUGUGAGCAGCUCCGAUGACAGCUCCGAUGAAAUAAUUAUGGCUGCGGUCGAAGGUGAGCUGAUGCAACAACAACAGCAAGAGGCUCCGUUGGAGGUGGAUCUAGUAUCAGAUUCGGAUGAGAUGGAUGGCUUAGAAUCGGAGUCCGAGGAAGUGGAAAUCGACUUCAGCUCUCUAGAUGAAGAUGAUUUGAUCGAGCAUGUACCAGAGGACCCCAUAAUGGAGGAAUCUUACGAGAGCAUUGAUAUGGGGCUAGCUGUGCUGGAUGGGAUCGCGCAAGUGGAGCAUCUGGACGAGCUGACUCAAGCCGAGCAAAUGGAGCACAUCAAGGAGGUCUGUCUUCAACAGUUGUCGGGGGCGUCGAACACAUCGAGCGAAUGGGCAGUUAUUGCCCCACUGCACACCAGCUCGGUGGUGAAUGUGCUGCGUCUGUGCUUCGGUCGCAUCAAUCGCAACGAGUAUCGCAUCUACGAUGCUACCAAAGGCAAUGGGUAUUGCCCGAUCCCUGGGCCGCCGUUGGUAAUCGAAGGGCUGAGCACUAAGCCGUCGGGGCAGUUGGAGCCGCUGCUCGAUGGCUUGGCGCUCACGGAGACCUAUGUGCACCUCUUUCCGUACAGCUCUCUAUCGGAGCACGUGAAGCAAAUGAUCCAGGAGGAGACGGGCGCUGAUAUUCCAGAGCUGUUAAACAACGCCGACAACAAGAUGGGCAUUGAGCUACUUCCGGACGCCGAGUUGAACAUAAUGUGCGCCGGUCGUGGGGAUCGUGUGGGAAUUCAUUUCCGCUCAUGUACCCAAUCCAAGGAGCAGCAGAUGCUGAACGAGGAGAACAGCGGCACCAACAUCUUUGGCGAGCCAACUGUAGUCUCAAUGAUUAUUGCCAAGACGGAAAUCGUGCUCUCCAACCAGCAGAUUCAGCUGUUGGCCCAAAAUCCGGAGUCAAACAUCUAUCUCUAUGCCGACAGCAGCUGCAUCUACGUCCUCAACGGACGCAUUCUGUUCGAGAACACAGAGCUGACCCAGCACAUUCUGCCCAUCAGCAACAUUGAUCUGAUCCCCUUCUCUCCAUCAGAGCCCAUUUCCAUUGACUCGGACCCUGACGAUGAAUAAGGGGGCCGAUGAUCGCAGACUGCAGAAUUCUACACUGAAUACUAAAGACUGAUAAUUCAAGACUGAAAACACUAAACUGCAACACAGAAGACUGAAAAUGCAAGACUGGAAACGAAAAACUAUCAAUAUUCAGAGAGAUAACUGAAUAUUGAACUGAAUGCUGAAUAAUGAUAAUGAAUAAUACUGAAAAUAGAAGACUGGAAGACACGAAGGCAGAUGACAGAAGACACAUGGAUUAAUCAAGGCAAAUAUUUGAGAUAUGCUGAUGUUUUUAUAGAUGUACAUAUGUAUACAUAUAUAGCUAAAUAUAGGGAUAUACCAGGUAUUGAUUUAGCU